UCUACUGUUCGCCUCGAGUCACUGCUAUCGGUUUUAGUGGGUAACGCACAAAACUGCGGACAACGUGGGGAAUUACUGUUUACUUCUGAGCAAGGUUUGAGAAUCGGUCGUCUCAUGGAGCUCAUCUCAUGAAAGUUGACCCGAGGAAGGACGUUUCUACUGCGCGGAACUCUUGAUAAAGCUGUGAAACGCUAAUAGUACUACUGGGUUUGUGUCAAAGGCCCAGGCAGCGGAUCACAGAAGCUCCUCCAGCCCGCUCGACAGGCUUGAGCUCCGGAGCAGCUGAAAGCGGACUCUCGCUCAUCUCGAAACGAGAGCAUGUCUCAAAUCGGAGCGCCUCCUCGAUGGAGGAAUUGUCCCAGAAGAGGACAACCUGUGGCUGGUAAAUUUCUGCCCAUGAAAACCAUGCUUGGACCACGGUAUGAUGAUAAAGUCCCUGAGGAGAACAGGUUUCAUCCCAGCAUGCUGUCCAACUAUCUCAAAAGCUUGAAGGUGAAGAUGGGUUUGCUGGUAGACCUGACGAACACUAGCCGCUUCUAUGAUCGAGCUGAGAUAGAAAAAGAGGGAAUCAAAUAUGUGAAACUUUCCUGUAAAGGUCAUGGUGAAUGUCCCACAGUAGAGACUACAGAGAUGUUCAUCAGACUGUGCGAGCACUUCAUAGAGAAGACACCCACCGAGCUCAUAGGCGUUCACUGCACACAUGGCUUCAACCGCACGGGAUUUUUAAUAUGUGCCUACCUGGUGGAGAAAAUGGACUGGAGUAUCGAGGCAGCUGUGGCAGCGUUCGCUCAGGCUCGGUCCCCAGGCAUCUAUAAAGGAGACUAUCUUAAGGAGCUCUUCCGGCGUUAUGGGGAUGUUGAGGAUGCCCCAGCCGCACCUGCUCUCCCCGAAUGGUGCUUUGAUGAUGAGGAGGAUGAAGAUGUGGAUGAUGACGGGAAUGCCAUCGCUCAGGGCUCCGAGCCCAGCUCCUCUCAGUCCAGUCAGGGCAAAAAGAAGAAAGAAAGACUAAAAGUGGGCGCUGUGUUUCUGGAGGGGGUGUCUGUCAAAGGAGUCACUCAAGUCACGUCACAGCCUAAGCUCGGCACCAUCCAGCGCAAAUGUCAGGAGUUCUCCGAGUGGGACAAAUCCGGGUUUCCUGGGGCUCAGCCCGUAUCGAUGGACCUCAGGAACAUUCGUCUGUUGGAGAAGAACGCUUAUAAAGUCAGCUGGAAAGCAGACGGCACGCGGUACAUGAUGUUGAUAGAUGGAAAAAACGAAGUCUAUAUGGUUGACAGAGACAACUCUGUAUUUCACAUAGCCAACCUGGAGUUUCCUUUCCGGAAGGAUCUUCGCAUCCACCUUUCCAACACGCUUUUGGAUGGGGAGAUGAUUAUUGACAAAGUGAACGGUCAGCCCGUCCCACGCUAUCUCAUCUACGACAUCAUUAAAUUUAACGGUCAGCCUGUGGGUCAGUGUGACUUUAACAGACGUCUGCUGUGCAUUGAGAAGGAGAUCAUCUCCCCACGGUUUGAGAAAAUGAAGCUGGGACAGAUUGAUAAAGCCAAGGAGCCCUUCAGCGUCAGGAAUAAGCCUUUCUUCGACAUCCACGCUACACGCAAGCUCCUGGAGGGCAGUUUCACCUCGCAGGUCAGCCAUGAAGUUGAUGGUCUUAUCUUCCAGCCUAUAGGGAAAUAUAAGCCGGGCAGAUGUGAUGACAUCCUGAAGUGGAAGCCGCCUAGCCACAACUCUGUUGAUUUCAGACUCAAGAUCACCAAAGUCGGCGGGGAGGGACUGAUCCCGCAGACGGUGGGUCUCUUGUACGUGGGGAGCUAUGACAGGCCCUUUGCACAAAUGAAGAUAACAAAGGAUCUGAAACAGUAUGAUAAUAAAAUAAUUGAGUGCACGUUCGUCAAUAACACCUGGGUGUUCAUGCGGCAGAGGGUUGACAAGAGCUUCCCCAACUCAUAUGACACAGCCAUGGCUGUGUGCAACAGUAUCCAACAUCCUGUCACAAAGCAAAUUCUCUUUGAGUUUCUGGACCGGUGCGCUCAGAUGCAGGCCCGCAAGCAUCCAGCCGACUCUGAGCUCAUGCCACCCCCGCCACCAAAGAGAGCGAACCACAGCAUCCCACAGUAGCGCAGUGCCGGCGGGGCGCAAUUUAAGCAGUUUCAUAUUUUUUUAUUCCCAAAAUGUUCCGCAGCUCUGCUGGUCCACACCACAAGAGGAGAGACUUUUGGAGAACAUUUUGCUUUUUGGCCGCACUUUGGCUUCUGAUCUUGAAGAUGUUGACGAUCUAUUUAAAGACACUGUUGAGAGAGCUUGUUUCAACAUUGAGUGCUGAGGCACAUUCUUAUUUAAAAGAAUAAAAAUUAAAAUUAAUUGCAUUUUUUUUCUUUUUUGUAUGUUCUGUAUUUGUUACAGGCGCUCCUUCUCUCUGCAUUAUUUCUUCUGCAGCUACUUUUUUUACUGAACAGAACAGUAAAGUGUGCUAGAUUGCCUAGAUUUAGACCUGAAACACUGAAAACACUGUGGAAUUUCACCAGAUCUGGAACUCUUAGUACUGAUCAGUUAAAGCAUAGGCUCACGUCCUAUGAUUGUUUGUUAGGUGAGAGUGUUUUGUAUGUCAGUUUGCUUAUUUGAAAAUGUUGCCCCGACCCUUUUUUUCUCAGGUUUUCUUUCUUAAAAAUGCCAGGUGUAUUUAAGUUUACCUGGAUUUUUUGGCUCAUUGUUUUGGAAAAAAAAAGAAAAAAAUUAAAGCAAUAAAUCCAAACUAAAGAUUGCCAGCUAUGCCAAUACCUUCACAUACAAUACAUUAUAUACAAAGGAUUGAUACAAGUUAUUUCUAUUCAGUCAGAAAUUAAAUAUAGCCUCAUUUGAAAGGGAAAGAUUCAAACAACUGAUUGAAACCAAUUGUAUCUUGUGUUGGUAUUGAUACUAGGUCAUUUGAUAUACUUAACGAUUUGUCGCUAUUCUUGUUUUUGUCAUUUAGAAGGAUGUGUGAACAUUUCAGCAGUUGUCACUCGUAAUUAAUUAAACUGUCACGGCUAAAGUUAAUGCCAUUCUUUUAUUGCUCUCACACGUCUCAUCUAGUGUUUUUAAUAUUGAAACCUGGUGUGCAAAGAUCCACACGUCUGAGAAGAGCUGACAUUAUCACUGUCUCUAGAGGAGUGAGUCACACCUGACAUUCAUGUCCUCCUCUCUUCUAGAAUUGUUUCCUCAUAAGACAAAUGAGGGAAAAAGUCCCAGAAAUGUGACACUAUGAGGCUAUGUUGAGCUCAUCUGCAUGCUGAAGUGAUUAGACCUUGAUUGCAACCCUUAUUGCAGUUCUGAUGGAUUUAUGCUGCCUCAAAAUCCUCAUACAGUUAAUUGAGAGACAUUUGGAGAGAGGAGAAUGGAAGAUAGAAGACGAGCAUCAAGCAGUAUUUGGCUGAUAUAGAGUAAUGCAGAGAAUAGGCAUUCAUGAAAUCAAAAAACUUACCCUAUUAAUAAAUCUCUCUGGUCAUUAA